UUCUUACUAACCUGUUAAACCAUGUAAGGCCACGUGUCCGGUGGAUAUUCUGUAGUGUAUGGACCUCUCUCCCCACUGUCUUUUCCUCAGAAAUUCUGAGGGCGUGGAUAAGACCCACUCCACAGAUAAUCUCAUCCCAAUUUUCAAAGAAGAAAAGACAGUUAGCAGUUAUCAAGACACGAAAAGUUUUGAAGGCAAAAAAAAAAAAAAAGAGGAAGGAAACGGUUUUGUGUGUCAAAAAUGGAGGUGGGUAUGUCGCUAAAUGCGCUGGUGAGGCUUCCUUUGUCGAGUACUUCAAGAACCCACCACGAAUCACUCGAUGGGUUGGUGAAGCACUCGCUCUUCAGUUCCAGAACAACGACGUGGCAGCAGCAGAGUCAGAGACGGCAACAGAGAGGAGGGAUGCUGGUGGUAGAAGCCAAGGGGAAAAAAGGAAUGGCAGCUCGUCAGUUUCAAAGGCCUCCGCCUCCUCCUAUGCCUAAGAUUGAAGACGAUGGCAACCCUCGCUUUGUCAUCUUCAUCCGCAUGGCUGGUGUCAAUCUUUGGUACCCGCUUAGUCUCAUAACAGGUGGCACCACUGCUAAAAUCAUGGUGGCAGCAAAGGAUAAUUUCCUCGGAAAAUACAUCUACAAAGAUACACUUGCUAGAAAUCUUGCAGCAGUUAUAUACAGAGAUGAGAAGGAGAUACAAAAGACAGCUUUUAAACAAUUCCGUGUAUUGCAAUCUGCAACUGACUUCAGAUAUGGCUACAAACUUGUUGAAAAUGGUAACGUGAGAUCUGCGCUUUCUACCAAUGAUGUUAUCGAGCUUCCAACACAAGACCAGCUUAAAACAGUUCUUGAUAAAGUGAAAGACUUCUUUGGCGAUGCAAAAGAUUCUUUUGGAAAGAUAACAGCGCUAAAUUCUGGCUCAGAUGAGGAGUCAGAGAAAAAACUGCAGAAAAAACCAAGGUUAGAGGUUGAGGAUAGACUAGCCAUUUGAUUGUGAUAGUCAUUGGUCCUGGAU